AUGGUUGAGGUUAAAGUCAUAGGUUUAGAGUUACUUGGGACUACUGGCGUUGCAUUCCCUUCCCUUGAAAGUCUAAGUUUUGAAGAUAUGGCGAGUUUGGAGUCAUGGUCAACCAACAGUGGGGUUGUAGGUUCAGUGUUUCCAUGCCUUCAAAAGCUUAAAAUAGAAAAGUGCCCCAAGUUGCUUGACGUGUCAGUUGAAGCACUCCCUUCACUAAGAUUUUUGAAGAUUGAUAGAUGUCAUGAUAAUGUGUUGAGAAGUCUGGUUCAGAAAGCUUCACUAAUCACGAAGUUGAAAUUAGUCAAAAUUUCAGGGCUUACUAAUGAGGCAUGGAGAGGUGUUAUAGAACAUCUUGGGGCUGUUGAAGAAUUAACUAUCCAAGGGUGUGAUGAAAUAAGAUACCUGUGGGAAUCAGAAGCAGUGGCAAGUAAGGUUCUUGUGAAAUUAAGGAGCUUGAAAAUAUUAUGGUGUGAUAGUUUAGUGAGUUUAGGAGAAAAAGAAGAGGAUAGUUUUGGAAACAACAACAUCAUAACAUCUAUUAAGACGUUGGAGGUAUGGUCAUGUUCGAGUAUGGAGCGUUGCAUUUUCCCUGAUAGUAUUGAGAGUUUAAAAAUCGAUCAUUGUAGCUCAAUUACACAUGUCUCUUUCACAACAAAAACAGGAGGGCAAAAGCUUAAGUCACUUGAAAUAACCGACGGUAACAAACUGGGACAAAGUUUUUACACUACAAACAUGCCAGUUGUUGAAGUGGUAGAAAUUAUAAGAUGGCCAGAUCUAAAAUCGAUCAUUAACUUUAGUUCCUCCAUUCACCUCACCAAGCUGAUGAUACAUGAUUGUGGCAUUAUAGAAUCAUUUCCUGACCUCCAGCUGUCCAAUAUCGCCUCCUUAAAACGUCUGGAAAUCACAAAUUGUCCAGGUAUGGAUGCCUCUUUUCCUCGUGGGCUUUGGCCUCCGAAACUGCAUACCCUUGUAAUAGGGGGGUUGAAGAAGCCCGUCUCGGAGUGGGGUCCUCAGAGUUUUCCGACUUCCCUUGUGGAACUGAAGUUAGUUGGAGAACAAGUGGCUAAUUUUAGUCAAUUGUCAGAUCUUCUUCCUUCAUCUCUUCCUUUUCUUCAUAUAUCUGAAUUUGAGAAACUGGAAUCACUUUCGGCAGGACUAGAACACCUCACCUCCCUGCAACAUCUCUUAAUUCACACAUGCCCAAAGUUGAAACAACUACCAAAAAUGUUGUUGCCUUCACUUUUGAGAUUGGUAAUUUCUGAUUGCCCAAAGUUGAAAGAAAGGAGUACCGGGAGAGGCUCCCACUACUGGCCCCUCAUCUCUCACAUCCCCUACAUCGCCAUCUCAAGCGGGUACUGA